UGAAACAGUGGCACUUUGCGCGAUUAAAAAAUAAGAUUAUUUUACUGAAUUACAAAGGAGACAUAGUUAUAAUUAAGAUAAUUUCAUAACUAUUCGUUCUAGUUAUUUAUCGGUGUAGUGUGAUUAGUGUAUUGUGUAUUGUAAUAGAUCUAACUUAUAGUGGGUAUCAUCGGUUUCAUUUACCAUCGCUUAUUUUGCCAAAUGACGUCCACUGCUGGACAAAGGCCACCAAGGGUUUCCACAACGAGUCGUCCUGCGUGGUCUGCAUCCAGGCACCUCCCGCGACCUUCACCAGAAGUAUACCUAGAUAUCGAAAAAAAUCGUCGCAAGCGCAGACCAUCGAACUAAAAGACACAAAACAGUCAGCAGGACUCAAAACUGAAUGUGAUAUAAUUUAUUUAUUUAUUAUUAGUACGCAUUUAACUAACUGACGACAAUACUCAAAAGUCAAUUAACAGACUAUAAAAGGCGGGAAAGAGAAAAGAGCACAGAUAACAAUUGCAAGGAGGUUAUAUUUUAUGUUUGAAGGAUAAAUAUGAGAGACACCAUGAAGUCCUGCCAACACACACUGUCAAACGACAUCGAAUACAAAGAGGUCGUUGUCAUUGGCAACGGCCCCAGCGGGAUGGUGACGUCAUUCAUGCUGGCAGGAAACGUGCCCUACCUGAAGAGAGUGCCAGAAGACCUGCCCAUCGAUGACAUGCUCAGAGCCAGAUUAUCAAACCUGCCAGAAGGACAGAAUUUAUACGAAACAGACUUACUGGAGCUAGCCGAAGGUCUGGAGGGUAGAAGCCAGAACCCCAUCCCUUUAUUGAUGGACAACCUUCUGAGGCCGUGCGCUGACCUAGGCAUCCCAGCUGACCCACUGAUCGAGUGGAAAUAUGACGUGGAGAAACAGAUCUCGCACAUAGUGCUGGGGCGGGGCCCGCCCGGCGGCGCGUGGCAUACCUUCCCGCCCGGAGUGCGGACGCUUUCACCCGGCGCCUGGUUGUCGCUACCACCGCUGGCUGCCGCCGCGCCUGGGAGACUGAGGGCUCGAGCUGUAGCCGAUUAUUGUAGGAGAUACGUACGCGUUUGUAGGCUACAGAGGUACUUCCGCAGCGGCGCGGUGGUGACGAGCGUGACGCGCGCGCCGCGUGUGGCUGCGCCGCGCUGUGUCGCGUCGUGCCCGCUGCAGGCCGGCUUCUGGGUCUCGGGCUUCGACGUGUGCGAGGGUCGAGCCUUCCGCUACUUAUGCCGGCGCGUGGUGGUGGCGUGCGGCGCCGGCGCCAGACCUAACUCACUACCACAUGCCACAGAUGCACUACACGCGCUCGCGGAUAUCGAGCAGGCUCUUACUGAGCUGGGAGACUGUGGCGGCACGCACACAGCGCUAGUAGUGGGUUCCGGCGCGAGCGCAGCGGACGCGGUGGGCGCGGCGCGCGCGCGCGGCGUGCGGGCGCUGCACGUGCACCGCGCGCCGCCCGCUGCGUUGGCUAGGCUGGAUCCGCAGGAGUAUCCCGACUACUGCCAGGUCUACAAAAUGAUGUGCGACGGCUCCAAAGGCAACUACCCCAAUUACAAGUCGUUCCCGGACCACGUGAUCAUCGACGUCACGCCCGAGGUCACCGACCCCGCCUGCGGACACGCCCUAAAGCGCGUGCGCCUCCUCAACCUGACCACAGACCACGUGACCGAGGUCACCGUCUCUCUCAUAGCGGUCCUCAUCGGAUCCAAACCAGACCUCUUCUUCCUCCAAACAAACUUCAACCUCAACUGCAUACAACAAGACGACUGCAUCAACUGCCUCCAAGAAAAGCACGUCAAGAAAAAAAUUGACGACGAACGCAAGGAAUGCUUCCUCAAAAACCACUGGAUGAACUUCAAAAACGUAUUGGAACAAGGCAUCAAUAGCUGCAAAUCUAGGUACUUGAAUUAUUCCGAGAUAAACGGGAACACAGACACAAAAUGUGAUCUGUCAGACUGCAACAGACGGCCGGAGAAGACGAGAUGCGCGUGCGAUAAGACUGAAAAAAUCAUUCCGGACAAUUGCGAGUGCCAGGCUAACCCGUAUUCGAGCGGGAUCGGUUUCGGUAUCGAUCCCAAGAAGCCUGUGGAUGGCAGAGCGAACCCAGUGGCCAUAGACAAGAGCACGCACGAGCUGCUACACGGCCCCAAAGGUGUCUAUGCCCUCGGGCCGCUGACUGCGGACAAUUUCGUCCGCUUCAUCCCAGGCGGCGCCCUGGCACUAGUAGCGCACAUACACAAAGACAAGAAGUCAGCCGAGUGACUUGCCAUACCUAAAGUGAUUGUGAUUUCAAAAUACUUAAUUGUUUUUUUACAAUAAAUUAUUUUUUAUACCCUA